AUGACUAAACUACCACUGAGUGUCCUCUGCACUCUCUGUUUCACAUUAUUUCUCUUCCUCCACUCUAUCAACUGUUUAGUGAUAUCUCCAAAAAAGGGAAUGGCAUUUCCAAACUCUGGAGCUCCACAAACUAAUUCUUACAAAGAUUUGGCGCAAUCGUUGAAUGUUGCUUGGUGUUAUAAUUGGGGAAAUUCUGCUCCUUCCACUGGACUGCCAUCUGUCACUUCAUAUGUUCCACAAAUUUGGGGAAGUGGUUCAAUUAAUAAUGCAACCAUGACAAAGUUGGCAAAUUUGAAUCAACAAGGAAUGGAUAAUGUCUUGUUGGGAUUUAAUGAACCUGAUUUGAGCGAGCAAUCGAAUUUGACUCCACAACAAGCAGUUAAUUUGUGGCCGAAAUUGAUGGAAACUAAACGAAAGUUGGGUUCUCCUGCUAUGGCUGGUUAUGCUCCUUCCACUGAUUCAUGGCUUUCUCAAUUCAUGACUCUUGCAACUACAUCUAAAUUGCAAGUUGACUUUAUUGCUGUCCAUUGGUAUGGAACUCCACAAUAUGGCUCAUCAUUUCUUCAAAUGGUAGACGAAACUUACAAGAAAUACAAACUCCCAAUUUGGGUAACUGAAUUUGCAGCUGCCGAUUGGAGUGCAACUGCUUCAAAACCAGCUCCAUACACUCAGAAAGAUGCCAUCAACUUUAUGAAUGUGACAGUGAGAGGUUUAUUAGAAAGAUCAUAUGUGGAAAGAUUUUCAUGGUUUGCACCAAUUAAUCCAAAGGAUCCCAUCAUGGGAUUCAGUGCUGUGUUCAAUGAGGAUGGAAGCUUGACUGAGGUUGGAAAAUUAUAUGCCUCCUUGGGUGUUAGUAAUGAUAAUAAUAAUAAUGGAAAUCCAGCAAUUUCAAAGAAAGUUUCAACUUCAACUAGAACUUCAAUGGGAAGUGGAGUGAAUGUUAUCUCUUUGAAUGUCUUGAUGAUUAUUCUUGCCUUAUUUGUACUAAUUGUAAAUUAUUAAAUAUUUAAUAUUUUGUAAU